CGUUUGUGUGAAGGUGAGCGUUGACCGCUUUAACUCGUCCAAAAAUAUAAUUUAUCUUUUUUUUUUUUAAUUCGGCACUAAUCGAGUUGGUUAGGUUUUUAUUUCCUAACAAUACAAAGAUUUAUUUUAUGACACUAAGUGUAAAAUCAUUUUUUCCAUUUGUUUAAAUCUCUAGACAAAUGACUGAUAAUUAUUGUUGAGUUUUAAAAAUUUGCCCGCCAAAUUUACCACGUGAAAACAUGGAUGAUCUUGCGGUCCGGAUGAACCAUAAGAAAGAACAAGUGAUCAUACUCGACGAAGACAACAUGUUAUUAGACGAUAAAAUGAUCUAUACGUCUCAACCGAAGAUUUACCCGUUCGCCGUAGUCCUCCGACUUCGUGUACUUCAGAUAGUUUGCGGUAUUACCGGGUUAGUUAUGGGUAUGGUCGCCACUAUAGAAGAAAAGGGGAAAAUGAACUUGGGCUUAGCAAUACCGGCUGGAAUUCUGACAGUUAUUGCUGCAGCCGGCAGCAUUUACAUGAGCCACGGUUUCAGCGGUUACCGACCGCAACAGCUGUGCGACCCUCGACUGCAACCGUUCCGGUUUCUGGGGCCCACCGUCCGGUCCGCGGUGGCGCUCUCGGUGCUGUGGCUGGCCGCUUGUCUGUUGCACGCCUGUCUGCUGUACGUCUCGGCACGGUCGCUGUUCCGGAACGGGCAAAUCGUCGUGCUGGCCACUAUACUUAUUUCGCUCACGUUGCUCACGUUGCUGUCCACUGCUGCGCUAGUGCACAUCGACUGCAAGUACGAUCCCGAUUGACCCGGCCCGGAGGCCCAAAUGCCAACGGCUUCGGUCAGCGUAAUUGGGCCCAGCCAUUUGUCCACGGACAGAGCCACGAAGGUAGCGUGGGUCAUAUAAUACCAUAUACCAUAUACCGAGAUAUACCGGGUGCCGCGUAUGUCAAACGCUUUGUGUUUAUAUGACAACAUUUUGUAAUUUAUGUAUUUUAUAUCAUGUACAUUUGUAUUGUAUAUUAAUGUAUAUACAUCGUUAUCGUUGACGAAGUAAAGCUUUGUAUCGUUACCGUAAAAAAAAAUUAUGAACAAUACGACAUUCGUACGCGAAGAACAUGCUUUCGUGUACAAAAUACGAAUAUGAUCUUAUAAUUUAUUAUUGGUACCAUAUAAAUUUAAUGUGAAUUAAAUGAUAUACACAGCUUUCCUGCUGUCAAACUGUGAUAGCACAUAAUAUUUAAGUUCCCGAAAACAUUUUUUUUACACAUUUCUGAGCUAUACCUAACCAACAAAAUUAAAUUAAAAAAAUAAAUGGAUAAUUAAUUGCGUAUUUAAAUUACACAGUUCACAGAAACCUAAAAACAUUUUACUCUAAAACUUAAUUUUUUAAUGCAUUUUAACGUAAAAUGUUCAAUAACAAAUAAUUCU